AUGUUUCAGCUAAGCGUUGUCAGAUUUAAGAUAACCUUCGCAGAUGCUUCCAAGGUAGUCAGUCAGUCAUGGAUGGUUUUGGUUGAAGCGAGACCGAUGUUCUCCCGUACUUACACGAGUCAUCCUAUCAUGAACAGGCCGAACGAGCCAGAAGUGAUGCCCAAUGACCUUAUUUGGCCUAGCGCUGCUCUGAGUACGGCUACCCCUUCAAAAUGUUCCGUCGGUAUGAGUCCGCUUUCUACAAGCCCCUCUAUUUCCGCCCCCGGGGCCGUCAGGAACGAUCGAGUACGAGAAUAUGACUAUACUCACACCGGUCCGGACCUCCGCGGAUUGUACCUAAUUACCGGGGACCAUUUGACUUCAGCCCUUAGCGCAAGCCUCUACAGGGCCUUUCGGGGAACUAGCUCGUUUGGGCAAUUUGGUGGUAGUUCGAGGACCAGGAUGGCGCGUGGCGGACAUGCAUCCACCAUCGAUGGAAGAUGA